CGCGCGUCUGCCAGCCAGCAGCCGCGGCCAGCCCGGGAGGCAGCCCCGCAGCCGCGCGUCUCAGGGCCCAGCCGCAGCCCGCGAGGAGCCCGGCGCCCCGGCCCGCAAGCCCGGCGCAGGCAUGCAGGCCAGGCGCCUGGCCAAGCGCCCCAGCCUGGGCAGCCGCCGCGGGGGCGCCGCUCCCGCUCCCGCCCCGGAGGCCGCCGCUCUGGGGCUUCCGCCCCCGGGCCCCGGCCCCAGCCCCAGCCCCAGCUCGGCGGCCGCACCGGGAAGCUGGAGGCCGCCUCUGCCGCCGCCACCGCCGCCGCCGCGCGGGACCGGCCCCUCGCGCGCUGCCGCCGCCUCGUCGCCGGUCCUGCUGCUGCUGGGCGAGGAGGACGAGGACGAGGAGGGCGCGGGCCGGAGGCGCAGGACGCGCGGGCGGGUACCGGAGAAGCCCCGAGGGGGCGCGGAGGAGGAGGACGACGACGAGGAAGAGGACGAAGAGGUGGUGGUCGAGGUGGUGGACGGCGACGAGGACGACGAGGACGCCGAGGAGCGCUUCGUGCCUCUCGGACCCGGCCGUGCGCUUCCCAAGGGCCCGGCCCGGGGCGCGGGGAAGGUGGGGAGUUUUAAGCGGGAGAUGACCUUCACAUUUCAAUCAGAGGACUUCAGACGCGACUCCAGUAAGAAGCUGUCUCAUCACCUGUUCCCACUGGCCAUGGAGGAAGACGUAAGAACAGCGGACACCAAAAAAGCCAGUCGGAUCCUUGACCAAGAAAAAGAACCUCGGUCCAUUUGUCUUCUUGAGCAAAAACGGAAAGUCGUCUCCUCCAAUAUUGAUGUCCCUCCUGCAAGAAAAUCUUCAGAGGAAGUGGACAUGGACAAGGUGACUGCAGCCAUGGUAUUGACCAGCUUGUCAACCAGCCCUUUGGUCCGAAGCCCUCCUGUGCGGCCUAAUGAGAGUCUCAGCGGGUCCUGGAAGGAAGGUGCGCCAUCCAGCAGCAGCAGCAGUGGCUACUGGAGCUGGAGUGCUCCGAGUGACCAGUCCAACCCAUCCACGCCCUCUCCACCCCUGUCCGCUGACAGCUUCAAGCCCUUCCGUAGCCCCGCUCCACCUGACGAUGGCAUUGACGAGGCGGAUGCCAGCAACCUGCUCUUCGAUGAGCCCAUUCCCAGGAAGAGAAAGAACUCCAUGAAGGUGAUGUUCAAAUGCCUUUGGAAAAACUGCGGGAAGGUGCUGAACACGGCGGCAGGCAUCCAGAAGCACAUCCGGGCUGUCCACCUCGGGCGAGUCGGGGAAUCUGACUGCAGCGAUGGGGAGGAAGACUUCUACUACACGGAGAUCAAGCUCAACACCGAUGCGGUGGCUGAAGGCCUCAACAGUGUGGCCCCAGUUUCGCCCUCCCAGUCCCUGGCUUCGCCCCCUGCGUUUCCCAUCCCUGACUCCAGCCGGACGGAAACUCCUUGUGCCAAAACAGACGCUAAGCUGGUGACGCCACUGAGCCGCUCAGCCCCCACCACCCUCUACCUCGUGCACACUGACCAUGCUUACCAGGCCACGCCCCCGGUGACUAUUCCAGGAUCUACUAAGUUCACUCCCAAUGGCAGCAGCUUCAGCAUUUCCUGGCAGUCUCCUCCAGUCACAUUCACGGGCGUUCCGGUGUCUCCAACGCAUCAUCACACAGCGGGCUCAGGAGAGCAGAGACAGCAUGCCCACACAGCCCUGUCCUCCCCACCCAGAGGGACAGUCACCCUAAGGAAGCCCAGAGGAGAGGGCAAAAAGUGCCGCAAGGUUUAUGGGAUGGAAAACCGGGACAUGUGGUGCACCGCCUGCCGCUGGAAGAAGGCCUGCCAGCGGUUCAUCGACUGAGCCAUUCCGGCCUCUCCUUCCAAAUGGAGCUACUCAAGGACCAGGGAAGGCCCUGCCUGGAAUCCGAGGAGUAGAAUUCCUUGGUGGAAUUAAAGCAAAAAAAAAAAAAGCAAAAAAUCAGCACUACACUGCUCUGAGAACCAGGCGAGAGCACCAAGAAAGACUUUUCCUUUGAAGGAGAGAGAAGCCAGCUUCCUUUGCUCUCCAUCUGGUCUUAAAGCUGGUCUUUAGCCAACCAGGCCUAUUUCACCUAGAGAGAAGGCAGAGUUUGAUAAGCUUUCUGAACUAUGGCCUUUUUGAGGGUUCUUAACACUGAAAACAAUAUGCGCAUAAGCUACCCAGAAUGAGGUGGCGUCUGUAUAUAGGAUAGCACCUACCUUGUAACUAGGCAUCGCCCUGUUUUCUGCCUCCCUGACUCCUUGGAUCAGUCUGGAUCAUGAUGUAUCUCAAGAAAGAGCUUCUCUAUGUCUGUUUUGUUUUCAAGAAGGACCUCAAGUUGGAAGCAUUGUAAAGAUGGUAGCUUGGAGGCCCUGACUAAUGUAAGGCCGGAAGUGAUCAGCAGUGAAGUCAGGACACCGUGAGGCACUGCCGUCAUCCUUGGAUCCGUGGUGGCACCGCUAAGUCUCUGCCUGCUAGGGCUCAGCCGAGAGCUGGCACCGGUAGCAGUCUGGUAAGCCUUGAUGCGUCUUUCAGGGCUAGCACACCUACUACAGCUUGGAUAGUGUGCCCAGCUUGGUCCCGCCAAGACCGUAGCCAGGACUCUGGGUUAGCAUCCUGCUCUCCAGCUCCAGACUGGCCUGCAGGUUUGCUUCCAGCAGAGCACAGCUGGUAUGCCCCUGUCUGUGGGAAAGACCCACGAGGGCAUCAAGCCAACUUCCAUUGUGAGUGCACUUUUCUAGAUGUCAUGUUUUUAUACAGCUAGGCGAUGAGUUAGUGGACUCGAUGACAUGUAUGGAUUAUGGAAAGCUAAACUUUGUUGUCUUAUAAAAAUAUUGAAACUAUGAAUUAAGAAUUUGCUCAGAAACUAACAUACAGGAUGCCCAAAGGCAAAUGCAUCUUGGUAUAGGGCUCUCUCCAUUCAGUAGGGCCAAGGCUUAGUCUGGGUUCCAGCUGUCGGAAUGUCUAUGCUGGUGGAGUUGGCUGUCUGAAGGGUAGAGCUUGGAGCAGCCUUCAAGCCUUGUGUGCCCUGCUUAAGAGAGAUGAGUGCCCUGUACCUACGCACGGUAAGAGCACCUUAUAGGAGCCACUGGGUAGGGAUGGGGAACAUGGUGUCAGCCAUAUGAAUGUUAAAUGAACUUGCACAGAGGAAAGCUUAAUAUAUGUUUAGAGAUUGUACAUAGUGCUUUUUUACAGAGUAGAGAGAAGUCAUGUAGGAAUCAGAGAUGCCUCUUUUUAUGUAAGGGUAUAUAUGGAGGAUCUAUAGCAGAACAUCCUUAACUGGUGCAUCCAUGUAUUUUGGCAAUUUUGUGUUUUAAAUUCACGUGACUUUUUAUCAUGGAAAUCAAGGAAAACAGGAAAGAGAUCCUGAUCUUUUUCCCUUGGAUACUUAAAAACAAAACAAAACUCUUGUUUCAAGAGAAAAAAAGCUUAGUCUGAUGUCCCCGUAGGUUGGUAAUCAACAUCAGCCAUACCACCUGUUCCAGAUGUUUUGACCUGCAACUAGGAAACAGCAUUUUUAAAGUCCAGAGCUAGAUUUCUUUCCCCUGGGCAUGUCCUCUGUCGUCUCUCCUGCAGCCUCACUCCUGCAGUGGUGUUCUAGCUACUGCAAGAGGCCCCGAGCAGCCUGCAGAUUGAGACGUGAGCUGUUGGGUCAAGUUCACCGUGUGCUUAAAUAAUAGAGGGUUUUCUCCUAAGCACAGCUCCCUUAAUUUUUUUUUUAUAAUCACAGAUGAAGACUUUAAUCAAAGUAUUAAAGCGAUGUGAAAUUAAAUCCAUCUUCUCUUGAAGAACUUCGGGGUGAAGGGCUGCUCUCUGCAUGAGCUGACCUGUCGUCUCCCCCAGAAACACAGCCUAAGGGCAGAUAUGAGCCUGCUUAACUGUGCGUAUCGUCAGGACAAUCAUGGCACCAGAUGCACCUGACCCGGAUCCCUCAUUUCCUUGAUAGCCUUUACCAUAGCAGCUCCCCAGCCCCGCCUAGGCCCUAGUCUACAGACCAGCCCUAGGCACUGAACCUUCUCUUACCUGGCUUCCAAGGUGCAGACAAACCCUGAGGACAGUUCUGGACACUCUGCUCUUUCUGUGUGUGGAAAGGUGUAAUCCCAGGGGACCAGAAAGCUCUGAACUGCAACAUACAGUUACUGGUUAUAUGAGUUACCCUUUUUUGUGUGAGCUACAUUUCUUAAGUAGUUAUUUUGUUAUCUGGGGAACCAAACAAAGUGCCAAAUGAAGCCUGACUUUUCAUUUCAUGCCAUCUCCAUGAAACUAAGUUCUUUUGGUGUCUUCAUUUUGUGGAGAAACAGAGGGAAAGAAAGCAUGAGAGUUGGUAAGCUGACUGCCAGCCUGAGGCUCUGUGCACCCCCAGGGCUGACAACCCUGUCUGUCAAAGGAGCAGUGAUGUAAUGAUGUCUGGGAUGAUGGAAAUGUCUAAUUCUUCUUCUUCCAUGAUGCCCUUUCUUAUGAAAAAGUUUCUCAUUUCUCCCGGAAAAAUCACGUCACAGUGACUGGCAGGACGCUCCCCAGUCAGCUAGAAAGCAAUGUGUGUGACAGGCAAUAGUUUCCAGCCUUAGCCUUCCUGGAAUAUGGACACUUAGUUUGUGGAAAUCGGUGAGACAACAUGGAGAAAACCCCCUAGGUAGCAUAUGUGUCAAGGGGCCCGUGCAGGAGACCUCCGCACCCCUGGCUUCUGCUCAGCUUCUUGGUCCGCUCAGCCAGGAAUCCUCGAUGUCUUCUGCCGAUGACUGAGACAAGACAGGAGCUGCCCAUCAGGCUCACCUGCCACCUUGUGUCUGGGAGGUUAGAAGAUUGGCAAAAGCCAGAGCCAGGAAGAAAACAGUGAGUGUCCAAACCAGAGUGGACCUGUAGUACCCACUGACAGCACCAUGUCCAAGAGGUCCCCUGAUGCGGGAACUCCUUGCUUCCUGUGACCAAGCUGCAAAUGAAGAUCAACUGUAGAGAAAGAGAAGCACUGGUGUUGGGCUCUCCAAACAUUUCUUCAGAAGUGGCUACAUGUAUGUUGGGAAAAAAAAUUGAAGCCAAAUUUUUUCCUAUUGCAAUUCAAGACAACAUGAGUUGGAGUCUGCCAUCUCUGGUAUAUGAGUGUGAGUAUGUCACACUUUCGCCAUAAGCCCUGGGCUUAAAGUGAGCGAGCCCUGUAAAAGAGUCCGUUUCAUCUCUCGCUUUGGCUGCUGUGCAAGACAACGGUGGCAUUCACUGGAGAAGGUUCUGAGAAAAGAGGUGAGAACUAUACAUAACAAGAGUCUGUUGAGCGUAGUCGCAGAAUACUGUAAAUAGUACUCAUUUCCUCAGGGAAACAUGGAUUGUGUGGGAAGAGAUCUGGAGAACCCGAGACCAGGAAGAUUUUUAUCACCUCAAGUCUUUUCUUGUCAGAACAAGUUUUUCUUUAUGUAAACUUUCAGCGUCAUUUCAAAACAAAUCCACGUUCAACUGGACAGGCAGGCAACUUCUGUGAGGUGUGCCAGAGGCAUCCCAUGCGUAACCGUCUUUGUAGCUGGCCUAAAGCUGACUGAUGUUUGAGCCGCGGGUGAAGAGCCUGCUGGGUAUCCAUAAACAUGGUGAGGCUCCUCUGAAUGUAAUUGUGAACAAAAGGCCUUGCUGUUCCUUAUUGUAAUCUCCCGAUUUGGGCAACCGUUUAUGAUAGCCGUACACAGCAUCCUCUAAGUGAGAGCGAGCUCUCCGUGGUGUGUGAUUUCUUUAGUGGUGUGUUCAGGAGCACACUGCCAUGGCCUCCUGUGGACAGGUGCUGCCUUUUCUCAUGUCUGUAGGAUUGCCACCACCCACAUGCGCUGUAGCAUUGACCUGUGUGAGCACGUGCAGAUGAGUAGGGCCAGCAUGGCCCGUCAAUGUGACAGGUACAGAGCUGGGAGCAUGGGUCAUUUUGAAGGGCAUGUUAGGCACAUUGGUCAACUGGCAAUUUUAUUUCUGUAAGAAAGAAAUCUACCAGCAGCACACAGGUGCCCCCGAUCUUCCCUUCUGUAGGGAUUCCUCCAUGUUAUAACCAUUUCAUCCUGUAUUCUCUGCACUGUAAGUAGCCACAUGGGACGUUAGUCAAUAAAAUGAGGUUAGCACUUUUAGGUACCAGUUGUCCUGAGUAACUGUACUCCAACAGAGCAAGGAAGUAUGACGUGUACUCAAGACUUGCUUCUGGUGACAGACUUGGAAAAGGCCCAUUUCCAAUGAUGCACAUGCUUUAAAGAGUGUACCUAUCACAGGACCAGGAAUCAAAACGGGAAUUUUAUCUCCUGUCCUGUUUUGUAAAUAGCUCCUUUGUUUUUUUUCCUAAGACAAUCUCAUGUUUUAUAACGUUUGUUGUGUGUGUCUGAGAAUCAUGAUGGCAAUGUGUUAUGGUAAAUGUAAUCAUAAAUACAAUAAUAAUUACAACUUAAAUUUCCAAAUGAAAGAAAUAUACUGCUUAGGCUUCUGCAAGAGACAUGACACUUUUAUAAUAAGCAUUAGUACUUAACUUCUCAAGUUUAACAGAACUGGAAAUAUUUUACAAGAUAUCGUGUUUUAUAAUCACAGAACAUGAACACUUUGUGGGAAUGACCUUGGUUUUAUACAUUGUAGCUUAUUUUUUAAAUGCAGUAUUUUAACUGGCAGGAAGUGGAAAUAUGCCACACAGUUCCUGUUCACCAAUCCAAGGGCUAUGCCUCUUUUAAGCAAGUGUUUUGAUGCGUAUCUUUUCAAUUAACCCUCUGAGCAAGGGUAGAAAUGCAGAACAGAUAGAAAGGUCAUUUGCAAGAGAAUCAAUGAAGCAGCAACCAUGACCAUUAUGUGUAUUCAAUCAUGACCAGUGUGUAUUCAAAGCAUUUUUGUUGAGGCGGGGUGGGAGGGGGGGAGUCACAUGAAGAUUCAUAUUUUAAACCUAAGAAAAGAUGGUAGCACAUAGGCUUCUCGGCCAUGGAAAAAAUCAGAACUACAUGCCUGCAUUUAAUAAGCAAACAUUAUUUGGUGGCGAUGUCUAAAACCAUAGUUUACAUACGCCCAAAGAGCCUUUAUAGAGUCAGCAGUAUUUGUGAUUUUGUUCGUACUGCCACCCCCUGAGAAAUGUCCUCCCCAGGACUGUUCGACUUGUGCUUGUUUCCCACAAUGAAAAACUCACAAACGCACAAGGUUGUGAGGUUGUGAGUAGAAAGUGGCAGAAUUCCCAUGGGAUGUGAGAAGUGCGAGCCACACAAACAGUAUGAGCAAUACCAAGGCUAUUUUAAGCUAUUCCACAUCCUCAUGUCCACUCACUGUUAAAGAAAACAUCUUCCCAGGAGUUUAUUGACUCAAAAAGCUAGCACAGUUUAGCUAAGUAUGCAGACAGUUUCAGAACAGAAGCUGAGGUAGGACAGCUGUAUACCUACCCGAUAACUUACCAAUUACUGAGAAGGCCAUUCUGGCUUUGGUUCCAUGUGGGCUUUACAGUCGGUUCAGUGGGAACUAUAAAGGCAUCGUGUGAGGGAACACCUUGUGCAGCUGUGCACCCAGUGCCUGAGUGGAGUGGCCUGCAGCUAGCUCUCCAUUGCCAUCCCCUUGGAUAGCACCACUGAUGGAUGGCAUUUGGGUCCCUAGCAAGUAUUCAUUGUCACGUGGUUUUGAACCGUGUCCAUGGAACUUUCUUUCCAGAGGCUGUACAUUUAGACACCUUAGAACAGCUGGAAAAGGACUGCAGGUGUUCAGGGCAUGCCAGGACCAACAGUAGAAGUGGUGUUGGACUAGACAACUGACAUCUUCUGAAAAGGAAGGACCCUCACUCAGCUUUUGACAAUCAGGCCAGGUGGCCAGAUCCAAAUGAGACGUGGCACCACCUGACAGUUCAGUGUUGACCACUAAUGUACAUUCCCGGCCAAUACUACAGACCAAAGAAAGGCUGGGGGGGGCGGGGCAGAGGCAUUGUAUGGCCACUGUCUUCAGCUGUGGAAAUUAGUUCCACACGCCUGAGCCCAGAUCCCUCCGUGAGCAUCUUAGACACGUGUGCUGCCACAAUCUGAACAGCAGACAUUUCAAAGGAGGAGAGAAGCUAUUUCUCCCUAGAGAAUAGUCUCAUGGAAGACAAAAAUAGAUAAUGCCAUCUCUCUAGAUUAGCCUAAUCAGAAUGCACUGAGUUGUCACCCAGCUCUUACAAGAGCUGCCUCCUGCCACACCCAGGCCACACCCCAAAGUACUGAAUAGCUGUAACCCUGACUCUUACUGUGUCUGCUACCGUGACCACUGUGAUGAAGGGCUGAUGGAAGGAAGGGAAGGAGGGAGGGAGGGAGGAAGGAAGGAAGGAAGGAAGGAAGGAAGGAAGGAAGGAAGGAAAGAAAGAAAGUCAUGUGCCUUUGUGGAGGCAGCCAAGUGCCCUGAUGCUUUGCGGUGGCACAUGGUACCUCCCUUGCCAACACCCUCUGCCCUCUCUCCAUGCUCAUUAGCUCCCUAGGCCAUCUCUUUCCUUGCUCCACUAUAAAUUAUGUACAUGUAAUUUCACCUCUGAUCUGGUGAGGCCCUAGCUCUAGAACUGGUCGGCACUUGGGUGGUUUCAGGACUCCAUUGACCGUAAAGGACAUUUUUUUUUUUUUACAUGGGAAGCCUUAGUCUCUUUUUUGGAGGGCGAAAUAAACCUGAGAAUAACUUUGUCAUGUGAAUGGUGGGGUGCACAGGUUAGACUUUCAUUGUUCUGAGAGAGUACAUUAUUCUAAACUCUGUCUUCUGGUGAAGUCCUGAUGUUAAACAGGGACAAUUCCGUAUGGAAAAGUGUGUCGCGUUUAGGCAUUACUUCCUUUGAUCUACGUAUGAAUCUAGUAUAGAAAACAAAUCCUAAGGCCGCUCACAGCCAGGCCGAGGCUCAAACCUGUGAGUCAGAGCCAUCAUUACCUGCAAAGAGGGGGAGAGAGCUGGCCUGGCUGUCCCCCACCGUGACUCCGAGCCAUGGACUCCCAGGACUUCACCGUGUUCUCAGUCCAGAAGCGAAGAGCACACUCACUCAUGUCACUAAGUGCAUAUCCUCUAGUUCCAUCCAGUGACAUGGUAAAGCACAGGAGUUUGUUAGCUAAAGCAAUAUUCUAAUAAAAAUGUUGACUCCUUAGUUCAACAUAGUUUGCCUGCUGUCCUCUAGCCUUUCAGAUUCUGUAAGCUUAAAUCGAUGCUAGAUGAUGGUUAAAAACCAGCUCAAAGUUACAGUUUGUAGAAUCAGGUCAAAAAGACCUAUAUGCACACGACCUGUGCCUAGAUCAGUGAAGUUGUGUAAAUUCGAGUGCAGUUCAAACGAUGCUGGCAAGUUCUAAGAUUGCUCCCAUUACGGAUCAUUAUAAGGCUGUCCAGUGUGUGAACGAACUCCAUCCAAGGCUUCCCGGGUGCCCGGGUGAGCAUCCUGAGCUCAGAGUAAAGCGCUCACAAGGAAGCUUGUCAGAAGACCAGAGGAAACUAUUUCACCUUUUUAUUACAAUCAGUCUCCCCAAAAUUUUCAUGCAGAAAAUUAGCCAAAGCAGAACCCCUAGAAAAGGCAAGAGAGGCAUUAUUAAAGAAGGGAACCAUUGGGAAGACACAAAUGCUUCCCUCCCGUUUUCUUCCGCUUUGUCUCCUGCUGUGACUGAAAACAGAGACCAACACUCUGGAGAAGACAGAACUUUAAGUGGGAGUCUGAAAGAAGAGUCCCUGUCUAACUGCCAUUUCCACCAUCUCGGCAGAUUAUUGGGUGGACACCUUCUUUCCCUUCUUGGUCCUCACCUCCUAACCCAGAAGCCAAAUGUGUUCAUGUCCAGAUCCAGAGUUGAGCCAUUGUUGUUACUUGGUUACUUACUGAAUGCUUGCUCUGAACUCAACAGACUCAGGGCAUGGAUGUUUACCCCCAAGACAUCCAUUUUGCUCAGUGAGUGGCUACCCUCCCUGCAAGAGAACCCGCUCACUGUCUCAACAGAUGUAGUCUCUGGGCUGUGAGGAGAGGGUCCGCCUUGGCACCAUCCCGCCACACUCAGCCCACUGCCAAGCAGCAGCUACUCCCUAACAUGUGCCUUAGGGCACUCAGUGUGGUCACCUAGCCAGAGCUAGAGUCAGCAAGACAGGAUGCUGUGUUAGGGUGGCCGGGAAUCCAGGAAGGGCUUCAGACUAAGUUUUCCCAGGCUCUGCCCCCACCUGCUCAAGGAUUAGAGUGGAUGGGAUUGGCCUUCACUGUGUGAGGAUGGAGUAUAAUUGUUCCUGUUGUAUAUCUCUGGAAAGCAAAAACUACUUCCAUCUGUUCACCUUGUUCAUUCCUUGGCCCAGAACAGCCCCACCCCCCAUUUUAGGCACAGACAGCAAGACAGGGAAGAAAGGGCUCACUGGGGGACUGUUCAUGGGUUUGAUCCAUCCCUGAAUGGAAGAAGGAUGCCUAAGGUGGUGGAUUACAGUCAGAGAGAGGGAUAACUUUUUUAAGCCCUUUCUCUCUAUUCUUAUUGGAAGUAGGUGGCUGUGCCAUGGCAUGACAACCCCUGUAAGACAGUACGGCUUCAACUUCUAGUGUCCCAACAGGGGAACUGAUCACAGGGAGAAAGCUUCAGAUGAAAUCUAGAUGUUUGAGAAAAGCAAAUGGUACUCCCAAAGCAUACUAUUUCCAUGAUCUCCAUGGGUAUAACACCUGGGUAUAAAACUAGGCCUGUGGAUCAUAUAUCGGAUAAACAUGCCAGUACUCAUGCUUUCCUACAGUACACCCUAAAAAUUCCUAUUUUCGUGAUUAAUGAUUAGACUGUGGUCAGUCACUUAAACACUCUUAUGAAUUAACUUGUAUACCCUAGUAUAGUUUCCAAAAUAUAUCCUAUCAUAUAUAACCCUAUAUGUGUGGAAGAACUCAGGGGAAGAAAGUACACGCUAGGUCCCAAAGGGUUCAAGACUAUCAUCAAAAGCAAAUGCCAGGUGGCCCGUGGCCACUGCCUGUACAGGAGGAAGCUGGGAGAGGGGAAUAUCGGCGGCAGAUCCUCAGCUGCCCUUAGUGGUGGGAAUCGGCAUAUUCUGCUGUUAAAGGUAAGCCAUCUUUGAAAUUUUCAACACCAAAUCUUAAAGUAUCAAAAAAAAAAAAAGUUAACGAAUGUUAAAAGUGGGGUCAUUAGUGGAAAUGUUGUCUGUAAGAAGCUUUGCUCAUAGUGUCAGAUAAAAACAACAAAAGCCAAACUGAAGCCCAGGAAGUGUCCUCUGGGGGACGCUGGCUAGCGUUACAGUGUCAAGUGCAAGCAUGGGUAGGCAAUGACUGAAGGAUACGGUAGUGCUAUCCAGUACACAGAGGUCUUUGAGGUCCAAUCUUUCCAUCAUUUCAGGGGUAAGUACUUCCUUACAAAGUCUUUAAUAAUGAAUGAAUGUAUAAAAUUAUAAACUAUGCAUUUUCAAAGAGAAACAUGUAUUUUGUAUCAAACCCAAGUACUUUUUUUUUAAUAGAGAUUUAUCACAACUACAGAUUAUUCAAAAUAAAUGAGAAUGCCAAUCCUCAUAAGGGUGUGGGGUGCCUUUGUUUUUCACUCUGAUGGUUUCAAGACCGUGCAUCCAGACUUUCAUCUGAAAAGCUAGCCAGUGCAGUAGGUGAGGAGGAUACACCUUCUCCUGGAGGGGACCACUCACAUACCGCCCACUUCUUAGAGAUGGAUAACUUAGUAACAGUGAAUUAGAAGGUAAAAAGGCCAGGGUGUGGCUUAGGGGUAGAGCCCUUACCUAGCAUGCAUGAAGGCCUGGCUUCAGCACCACACACAGUAACGAUAAGUAGGCAGGCAGGCAAGCUGCAGAAAGUCACCAUUGCAUUGACUAAAGAUGACCCCAGCUUAGGUGGUUGAGGCUAGUUGUCAAUAGAACCGUGGGUGAGGAAGACUUUAGGUUAUAGUGUUCAAAGAACAAAAUAUAAAGAUACUGUCUGACAAGGCAAAUAAUUGGUUUCUUUUUUUUUUUUUUUUUCAAAAUUACAUGGAGGUGAUCACUCAUUUUAAGAUAUCUGGAUAGAAUAGAGCCAGAUUUCCUUAGCCUUGUGCUCAUAGGCCUUUCCGUGGAGCCUUUCCCACCGGUAAGUGUUCCUUCCUCCUUGGUCAGCACUCACCUCAUUACUCCAGCAAGCCUCCCCACCAUCUGACAAGGAGGACAUGAACCCCAUUUCUCUGCUGUUCCGCUUCUCUUUCUGUGUCUGUUGAGGUUUCUAGACUGCUUAUAAAACAUGGGGAAACACAUUUCUAACCCUGGUACUUAACGUCACACCAGGUAUGUUUGCUACCCUAAGUAGGAGCUAGAGGGGAGCGCAAUGUGUCUUUUUACAUGAUUUCUAGCCAAAUCCAGACGUUCUGAUACUACAUUUCUGAAUACUUUUCUGACUGUAAAUACUGCCUGCAGAGGUUCCAGUUGACAAACCUUUCUGAGACUGACCCUCAGCCAUGCUCCUUGCCAGAUUUCGGCACAUUGUACAUAGAUGCGUCGAGUGUUUCAAUGGUGGUGUUUUUCUAAAUGCUGUUCUCUAACACAUUUUUUGAAGAAAAAAAAAAUUGUCUUUGUUGUUCUGGACUUUAUGUGUUAGUUUUACAAAACAUUUCGUAAGAUUUAACACCAGGAAAAUAAAAUAUUUUAAAAUAAACUGGUGCUAAUUGGAAAAGAAGAAAAUUUUUAGCUUCAAGAUUUAUAAAAGAAAAUGUUCACACCGGUUAACUGCACUUUCCCAAGGGGAUGGCUGCUGUCCACUUAACAAUGGGCAUCAAGAGGACCAGCAAAAGUUUACAGUAUUGAUGGCCCAUUGACGUGUCAUAGAGCAAGGAGUCCUUGUCCCCCCAGAGAGGAGGAUUUGCUGGGUAGUCCUCAAAGCAUGUAGUAGAAGGAGGGAUGUAGAGUUAACCCUUUAGAAUUAGUCUUCUGGUCUUUGGACUUUGUUCUGUAAUGCUUAGCUGUAACAAUGAAUAUGGUGUUGCCAAUCUAGUCUGACGUCAUUGUCAACCUGUAUUGACUCUGUAUGGUUCUAUCCUUGGCUUGCACUGGCACAAACCAAGCCAGAACACAAGUCUUUCAGAAAGACCAUUCUGAUUUCUAUGAUGUUCGCACACAUGAAUUUAGAUGCACUUGUAACUGGUUACUUACCAUGAGGUAAAUCUAACUUCCACUUAAUAAAAGUUUUUUUUUUGUGUAUUUGCUUCUAUUUGGGAGCCAUUCAUUUAGUAAAGCUUAAUGUUUAUAUCAAGGG